AGAGGAAAGAGAGAUAUAAGGAGAAGAGAGAGAAGUUCAAAUCUUUCAAGUCCGAGUCUGAUAGAUUGUUUCAACACCAGAUCUUUGAAAACUAUUUAAAUCGGAUUCUCGCCGGAGAUUGUCACCGCAGCUCUGUUGUUGGGCGGACUAUGGUGAAUUUGAGACGAUUCACUGAUGAGUGAUUUGAUUGCUCUUGUUUCUAUUUCGACUGAUUUAUUAUUAUCUGCAGAGCCGAUUAAUUUACAGAGAUGGAUAGAACCAGAGAGGCCAGGAGAGCUACUAUGGCCGCCGUUGCAGCCACAACACAUGGCCUUUCACGGCGGCGGCAUAGAAGUAACUCUCUUCGAGACUCCCCAGAGGAUGAUGGACCGGUGGAGUUACAAGAAGCGACACGUUUAAGGGAUCGAAAGAAGGAUCGAGAUCGAGAACGGGAAAGAGUAAGAGAAAGAGAUCGCUUGAGUAGAACGAGUAAGAGAAGAAGAGGGGAUAGAUUGAUAAGUAACAGAGAAGAUGGAGCUGAUGAAAGUUCUGAAGAAAGUGUAAACGAUGAUGAAGAUGAAGAUGAUGAAGACGGAGUGGGAACCACCGCUGGUGGAGGUUCUGUUCGGAUGAUUCCCCCAAACAACGUUGCCGGGUCUUUGUCGAUUCACCAUCAACAGCAUCAACAUCAACAUCAGAAGAGCUUCCAACUACCGGUGAAAGUUAUUAGAACGACACCUCCAGCGGGCCCUGCUAUUGCUACCACCACAACUACCACAUCUACAAGGAAGGCUGCUGAUGAGAUGAUUGCCGUGUCGGUGCCGAGAAAAGCUCGGUCAGCUUCAACUAAAAGGUCUCAUGAAUGGGCAUCAAGUGCCGGUGCUGUUGGUGUAGUUGGCGGAGAACAUAUUCACCGUCAAGCUUCAACUUCGCCGGUGAGAACAGGUGUAGCUGGGAUGCUAGCAUCACCGUCUCCGGCUCCUGCCUCUCCAUCUUCUUCCAAUGCUUCUGUGAGGAAGAAGAUGAAACAUAACGGAGCAAAGCAAAGGCCACCCAAAUCUUCGUCGAAAUCCUCAUCUUCAGCUCAAGAAGAGAUUGAGAUGGAGAUUGCCGAGGUUUUAUAUGGUUUGAUGAGGCAGCCACAAGUCCCAUCGAAGCAAGACAUAAAUGAGAAUGAUUCAAGAGAAGUUAAUAAACACAAUAACGAUUCUAAAUCAAGAGUUUCUUCACCGAUCUCCCGCUCCCCACCAUCUAUUCCUCAACCAUCUUCCAUUUUACCUUCAAAUUCUAACUCUUCCGCUACUCCUAUGUCUGCAAUUGCUCCAAAGAGGAAAAGACCAAGACCAGUGAAGUACGAGGAUGAAACUACGCAGAUAGCACCGCCUCCUAUUUUCCCUGUAAUGAACAAUUCCAUUUCGUCUACUACAACUAAGGUUGAAAUCUAUCAACCUGCUAAAAUUGAAGCUACCUCUCCCAAUUUUGAGAAGAACACUGGAUCAGUGGCUGAAAAAUUGAUGAAAUAUUCUCAAGCCGGACCACCUUCAUCAGAGUUAGAUCAGGCUGAACCAAUGAAGGAAGUGAAGAGCAGUUUGAUACAGGAUUCUAAGCCUUUGACCAAAGAAUCUGAGAGUAGAGAUCCGGGUAUCUGUAAAAAAGAGGAGUCUCAAUCGCUGAUGAAGGAAACUGCACCAUCUCCUGUUAAUAAUAAUCCCUCUUCCGCUGGUCUCCGGUUGGAUGAUGAGCGUGAUAAUUUGACCAUGAAAAAAGCGAAUUCAACAGUUUGUGAGAUUGAGAGUCAGCGGGAAGAGAAAUUCCAGAUUGAUCUGAUGGCUCUUCCUCCAUCUAGAUCAUCACCAGAAAGGGAUGAUGGAAUUGGUUUUGGGGCUUCAGAUCCUAAACCAAUGUCCACAGAUAAGGAAUUGGAGAUGAAGUCUACGGUUAAGGAAGAUGAUAAAAGAGUGAAAAUAGGAAAGGAAGAUGUGAAUGUGGAAGCUGAUGAUAGUAACAAACCCAAACCAAUUGCUGAAGAAGCUGAGUUACAUAAUCCAGUUCUAAAUAGUGAGAGGAAUCUUCAGCUUGAUUUGGAGAAAUCUGAUAGAGAUAGUGGCACAGGUAGUGUCUGUGCAAACAAGUUUAAUCACCAUGCUCAAAAGCAGCAGCAUCAACAGCCUGAUAUUGAGAAAUCCGCACAAUCUGGUGCUCUACCUUUGCCGAUGUCAUUGGCUAGCUGGCCUGGUGGACUUCCUCCAAUGGGAUACAUGGCUUCUCUACAAGAUGUUGUAUCCAUGGACGGGAGCGCUGUAUCUUCAGCGUCUAUUCAGCCUCCACAUUUGCUUUUUAAUCAACCAAGGCCAAAGAGAUGUGCAACCCAUUGUUAUAUUGCUCGGAAUGUACAUUAUCACCAGCAAUUCUUGAAGAUGAAUCCUUUCUGGCCAGCAGCACCUGGUUCAGCUUCACUCUAUGGACCAAAGGCAAAUCUAAAUAUUGUGCCCCCUUCAGAAUUGAAUGGGAACAUUCCUGGGAGAGCUGUGAAUUCUGUACAAGACAAGGGCCAGAGUCUUGCAAUUUUCCCUGGUCAUGUUGGUAAAGAUAAAAGUUCGCAGGCUGCUACCAAUACUGUGGAUGGUGCACAGAGAAAUCAAAUACUGCUCCAGCCAGCUCUACCCACUGGAGCACCAAGUAAUAUUCUGCAUGGUCCUGCUUUUAUUUUCCCAUUGAGCCAGCAAAAAGCUGCUGCUGCAUCUGUCCGACCUGGUCCUGUGAAAUCUGCUGGUUCUGGCGGUACAACUUUGAGUACAUCUAACUCUGCCUCAGCAAGUACCAACCCGGCUGGUGCAACUGCAGCCUCAGCAAUGAGCUUCAACUAUGCGAAUAUGCCAGGCAACGAAACCCAGUACUUGGCAAUUCUGCAGAAUAAUGCAUAUCCAUUUCCAUUUCCUGCACAUGUUGGGGCACCGCCUGGAUAUCGAGGAAAUCAUGCACAGUCUAUGCCUUUUAUUCCUGGAUCUUUCUAUUCUUCCCAAAUGCUUCACCCAUCUCAGAUUCAGCAACAUCAGCAGCAGCAGCCUACACCGUUGCAGCAAAGCGAACAAGGUCACCAGAACCCUGGCAUGUCCAGUUGUGCAUCCUACUCCCAGAAGCAUUUGCAGAGGCCUCAUGGAAGUGGGGUGGGUGGUGGCAAUGGAAACUUGCAAGUUUUUCCUACUUCCAAAAAUCAGUCACCUCAUCCCCUACAGCUUCAGCAACGGCAGCAACAGCCAAGUCAGCAUGCUUCUCAUCAAGCUCGGCGCCGUGAGGGUGAAUUAGGUGGCAAAGACAGCCCAUCAACUGCUGAUAGCAGGGUAUCUGGUGCUAAUAUGAAUAAUUACUGUCAAAAUUUUUCCAUGCCCAUGCAACCUCCAAACUUCACUUUGAUGACUACUGCGUCAUUGGGUGGUUCCACCAGUUCUGGUGGUAACCAUGGGGAAAAGAAGCAACAUACCCAACAGCCAGGUUCGAAGCCUGGAGUUGAGUCUCUUACAUCUCAAUCUUUUGCCAUGUCAUUUGCCUCCAUUAAUGGUACUACUACUGCUCCUGGACUUGAUAUUUCCUCCUUUGCACAUGAUCAUGCACAUGAUCAUGCAAUUCUUCAAAGCCUUCCAGAGAAUACAAGGCAAGGCUAUCAACAGUUCAUGGCAGCGGCCGUAGCUGCCCAAACAACACAACAGAAGAAGAAUAAUUAUCAUGCUUCUGAAGAAGGGAAUCACGGGACUAAUGAUGCAUCUGGUGUGGAAGAAGGGAGGAAUACAAAGGCAGGAAAUAUUUCUGCUACUGCCGGGCAGUCCAUUGCCUUCUCUAGGCCGGAUCUGUCUGAUUCGUCUGUUUCCACUGUUCCAGAGAGCAAUGUUAUUGAUAGUUCAGCCUGCACAAUUAAUCUUGGCUCUGCUCCUGCCAGAACUUCAGGUUCUGUUAUGCCAGCUUCGAUCAGUGGUGUAAAUUCUCCUAAUGCUCGGCAGCAACUUCAGCGGAAUCAACAGCAGCAGCAGCAGCAAAUGCUUCAGCUUCAGCUUCAGAAGUCACACCAAUUUGGUACUGCUGCCGCUUCUCGAAGUAAGCUGCCGUCAACAAGUAAUGGAAGUGCUUAUUCUGAUCACCUUCCUUCAUCUUCUAUGGCUGGCAAAUUUGCAAAUCACCUGUUUCCUCAAAAUAUGGUGCAAACCAGCAGUAGUCCAACUCAAUCUUCUCAGUGGAAGAAUUCUGUAAGAACAACUGCUUCUCAAGUUUCUCCAUCUCUAUCAUCGUCAACUUCAUCAACCCUUAAAAAUAUUUCCCAGCAACAAGCCCGGCCACAACAAAACCACACAGAGAUUUCUUUUACAGCUAAUCCUAAAGUAACACAUAGUCAACAGCCUCCUAGUAGCACUCCAUCCCCCUCUCCUCCGAUGGUGGUUGGCUCUCCCACAACUUCAAUCUCCAGGAGUGCUGGUGGUAGCCCCAAGACAACAUGUUCCACUUCUACUGGCAACAAAGGUGGUCAAGCAUCUAGUUUAUCAUCUCAGCAGACCAAGAACACACCAUCUAGUCAGAUGUCAUCUCCUAUUGGUGUGAGGAGUGUGCCUUCCGUCCUGGGAAACCCCCACUUAAGUUCAUCUUCAAAUAUGGGUACCAAGCCCCAGGUGGUGCUACAGCAGCAGCAAAAACAUGCAAUGCAUCCUGCACAGCUAUUCUUCUCAAACGCUUACAUGCAGGCCCAAGCUCAACACACACCAAGUACAACAGCUGCAAGUGGGUACUUUCUUCAAAGGUACCGUAAUGAGCAACAGCAGGCACAGCCUCCAGGAUCAUCAACAACUUCAACGUCCAUGUUGUCAUUGUGUUCUACAGCCAACACUGGUACCACCGACCCUGCAAAGGAAGCUGCUGCGGGAAAUAUGAAGGGAGGUGGCAUAAUAACAACACAGGGGCUUAUCCAUGCUGCUCAAUUUGCUACUACACAGUCCUCUGGAAAGCCAUAUCAGCUGGUUCCAGGGUUGCAGUAUGUUCAUGCUGUUCCUGCCACCGUUCAGGUGAAACCAGCAGAACAGAAACAACCUGCUGGUGAGUAGAAUUAUACCCUUUUUGUGCUUUCGUAUUGGUUGUCACCUUACAAGGAACAAGAAAAAGAUAGGGCAGUGGAAAGAGAUUUUUGUAUUGCAGUUUAUUGUGGGUUGUGCUUAAUCCAUGUAUACUUGUGUUGAUAAACUUGAUCAUCCUCAAGUCUGAAAUUAAUUAGAAUGGUUUGAUGGGGGCGAAAGAUGGGGGUAAAUAGGUUGUCAAAGAAUGUUUUUGUAGGGCAAAAGAUGUAGGGUGAAUAGGCGUGGAGGGAGGGAGGGCAACACCUACUUUUUCCAUCUAUUGUUGGGCGGUAACGGUGGUUCUUUUUCCUAUUUAAUUUUAUUUCCUCUCUUUUUUAUUUGAAUAGAUCAGUAGUCAAAAUCUUUUGACAUAAUAUAUAUGCAACUGAAAGGUGUAUAUGUAUAUGCAUGCGUUGCACGUGCAAAUUUAAGAGUAAUUCUCUCCAUUUUUUU